ACCACUCGUUACACACCGCUUUUUAUUCGUGUGUAAGGUUGGAUAUAAAGCAUUUAACAUUUAGCUGGAGGCAGGCGGAAGGAUCUAUCUGAUCUUUGUAAAUAUUGGCAGCGGAGAUCGAGGCAGAGUGGCGCGCUUCUCUGGAUGCAGCAGGGACCGUUGUCUGACUUUUUUUUGACCGGACUACCGAUGGAUUUCCCCCGCAUAACCGUUUAAAUUUGCCCGUGAGAAGAAGCGAGGACUUCGCUGUUAUCUGGGAUCUUUACGUGAAUAUUUUCCCGCUGUGUUUUUUAUUUUUAUUGGGACAAGUUAGGAGCAGCAUGCUGCUCUCUAAACUGGGCUCCUUGUCUUACAUCUCGUCCAGCAUGGAUCUGCCGGCGAAGCUGCAGCAAGCCAAAACGGAGAAGCAGCCGUUUGAGAAGCUAUACCGGCUGGGUUCGGUGCUCGGCAGCGGAGGAUUUGGCACGGUCCACUCGGCUGUCCGCCUCGCCGACGGGCUGCCGGUAGCGGUGAAGCAUGUAUGCAGGGAAAGAGUGACUGAGUGGGGCUCUCUGUGCGGCGCGGUGGUUCCUAUGGAGAUCGUGCUGUUGAAGAAGGUGGGCGGGGCGUUUGGCGGCGUGGUGCGCCUGUUGGACUGGUGGGAGCUGGCGGACGGCUGGCUGAUGGUGAUGGAGCGCCCCGAGCUGGGGCAGGACCUGUUCGACUACAUCACGGAGCGCGGCCCGCUGGAAGAGGCGGCGGCGCGCGGCUUCCUCCGCCAGGUGCUCGAGGCGGUGCGUCACUGCCACGCCUGCGGCGUCGUCCACCGAGACAUCAAGGACGAGAACCUGCUGGUGGACCUGCGGACCGGACAGAUCAAACUCAUCGACUUCGGCUCGGGGGCGCUCCUCAAAGACACCGCCUACACCGAGUUCGAUGGUACGCGGGUGUACAGUCCCCCGGAGUGGAUCCGGUUCCACCGGUACCACGGCCGCCCGGCCACCGUCUGGUCUCUCGGCGUGCUGCUGUACGACAUGGUGUGUGGGGACAUCCCCUUCGAACAGGACGAGGAGAUCCUGAGAGGACGGCUCUACUUCAGACGCAAAAUCUCCUCAGAGUGCCAGCAGCUGAUUGGCUGGUGUCUGAGCCAGCAGCCGUCUGACCGGCCGACCCUGGAGCAGAUUCUUCUCCACCCCUGGGUGACGGGCGGCGACGGGCAGCAGGCGCACGACGACGCCAUCACGCUCCACGCCGUCGCAGUGGACUCCUCCUCCUCGAGCCAGCAGGGCCUCUGAUUGGUCAACGCGAGGCUGCCAGGAGGGGUGCGUGGCAUAGACUUGAUUGACAGGUGCCUCUUGUUGUUGGCGUUUGGAUGUCCUCGUGCGUGCAGCGCUGACGCUGCGAGGAAGGGUUUUCUGGUGUCGGGGGCGAGUCGUCCCAGUUCAGGGUUGGGGUGACUCAGCGACCCCCCCCCCCUCUUGUUCACAGACAGUAGAGCCGCUCUUAUAGAGCCUGUCUGGUGUUCGUGUUUCAGAGUGCCUUGAGUUUGAAUUAGGGAUGCACCGAAUCUAGAUUUUUGGGGUUCGACCGAAUAUCGAAUCCACUGGUUAAGAUUCUGCCGAAUCCGAAACCGAAUCCUCCUCCCACCC